AUGCGUCUGGCCCCACAAGAAGAGCAAAGCGCAGCCUUCAGGCCCCAAGUCACGGCGGCGCCACGACGUCAUGGGCACCACGAGCACAGCGUCCAACAGCAGCAGCACGAAAGGCAACGGGUGCACGCCGCACUAUACCCCGCAGCGCGACCUCGCCCCUCAAACUUCCGCCGCGGCCAACUACACACAGACACACACAUCCGGAGCAUGCAUCACCAAUGGUGUGGCGCAUCACUGGCCCAUGCUUUCGCUAGCCUAGUUAGCACUGUCGCACCACACCACACCACUCAGAACGUCACACGGCAGGUCAGCGGGCGUCUCUCCCUGUGCCACCUAAGCAACCGUAGCGCGGACAGGAAAAGUUAA